AUGACGAUCUAUACAACAUCCUUAGCUGCGCAGAUCACCUUAACCACAUUUUUUUGCUUCCUGGUACUAGUGGGUGUGGCCGGAAACACUUUGUCCUGCCUGGUUAUCAUUACCAACAGAGCUAUGAGGACACCCAUGAAUUAUCUGAUUCUAAAUCUGGCGAUGGCAGAUAUUAUGGUUGUGCUAUUUACUGCCCCUCGCUUCAUUCUGGCCCACGCGUUCAAUCAUCCGGAUGGACUUCUCGGUUCAUUCGUCUGUAAGUUGUUCACGGGCGGUAACUUUAGCUGGCUGGGUGGUUCCGCCUCUGUUUUUUCACUGGUGGCCAUCUCAGUAGAGCGCUACUUUGCUGUUAUCCAUCCAUAUGGCACCCGAGGAAAACUCACCAUGAAGAAAGUCAAAUAUGUGAUCGCGGGCUGCUGGCUAUUGGCUGUUGUAUUUAACCUGCCACUCUUCAUAUUUAUUGACUACAACAAAAACAUAGAUUUCUGCACCGAGUUCUGGCCAACAACUUGGAUGGCCAGGGCUUACAGUACGGCCUGGCUUGUACUCUUUGGCGCGCUACCCAUUAUUCUGAUGUCUGCCCUUUACAUAAGAGUUAUUCGCCGUCUUUGGUUCAAGUCCCAACAAGGUCCUCGAGCCACACAAGCUGCAAUUGUCAAGUCUCGAAAACGAGUUACAAAAAUGGUGAUCAUGGUAAGUAAAUUCAAGUCCCCCCCCGCCCUCCCAAUUACCGUGAAGAAAAGAAGAAGAAGAAUCUGUUGUAAAGACUUCAGGGGCGGAUCCAGGAUUUUUUUAGGAGAGGGUGCACUCGUCUCUUGCGCCACUUCAACACAUAUAAACCACAUAGUUUUUUUUUUGCAGAAUACCAGUUGUAUUAGAAAACCGCAGGUCAUCUCAGGGGGAGGGGGGGAAAUGCGCACCCCCUGCAUCCUCCCCCUAGAUCCGCCCCUGCGGCGGCCUUACUCUGUUUUAGCUAUAAUGGCAAAAAUUUUUGCUUUUAGGUGAGCGUUGUGUAUUCAAUCACGUGGUUUCCAGUCCUGAUAAUCUACAUGCUCAACUACUACCAUGAGGCACAAGAGUACGGCAACAUCACCUACAUCAUUGGGAUCCUGAUCGUCACUUUCAACUCCUGCGUCAAUCCUUUCGUUUACGCAUUUGUUAAUGAGCGCUUCAGAAAUCACCUGAAGAAUCUGCUUCAACUGCCAUGUCUGAAACAAAACCGAAUUCAGCUAGAGAGACAACGACGUAAAGGCGGUUCAGAAAGCAGCAAUUCACAGCAGCCACGUCAUGCUUUUGAAAUCAAAGAGUAG